AUGGAGGCCAUAGUCGAGGCUCUCGAGCAGCUACUGCCCAAGGGCAUUGUCUUCGACUCACCUACUAUCUAUGCCGAGGUCGCCAAAUUACCAGUCGUACCACUCGAGGACAUACAUCGUCACUGGAAGACGUACACUAGGACGCACAAAAGCCUGCACGAUCCCACUGCCUGUCGUCUCGAGAACUUUUGGUGGCAUGUUUGGGGAAGCGACAGGCGAAGCUUGAGUGGCAAAACUCUCGCACGUAUAUGGGAGCAGAUAGCUUCCGGGCCAACGUUUGUUCCUCUCAGGGGACCUCCAAACCGUUGGGAACCACCUCCCAAGCCUACCCGAAGUAUGCAUGAGUCUGACUCGGCACAACCUCCGCAAGCCCAUGACGUGGGCAGCCAGAUACAAGAGGCACAGUCGAGCAUCGCAAGAGGGGCAAUCUAUGGCUUAACCCCGUCCUCAUCGAGGCCUCCGCCAGCACACACCAUCUUGAAGAAGCCUAGAGGGCCUUCAAAUUCUGGCCCGAGGCCGACCGCCCGAUUCGUUGACGUUCCUGAUUCAGAGGACGAAACAUCGCAGCAGAGCGGAGAAAACAGUGUUGGCACUUCCACCAAGAAGAAACCAGAUACUCGUGCAUCGUCUAGCUCCAUCUCACCGGUAAAGGUGGAUAGGAAGCCCGCGCCCAAAAAGUUUGUGGCCUCGUCCACUACGUCAAAGAGACGCCCCGUCCUACCAAGGAGACAGAGCUCGCAGUCAUCGACCGGUUCUGUAACUGCUUCUGACCCUAGCCCUCGAGAUGCAGCUUCUGCCUCGAGGAAUGUACCUAACCACCAGGCGUCCACCGUAAAUAGCAAGGAUUCUAGCCCCUCAAAACGACAGAACGGCUCAGGUCUGUCGACAAACACGGAGGAUCCAGCAGCUCGCGCCAAAGCAACAGGGAAGCGUUCCCAGGCCCCUGGUCUAGGGAGGGAGCCCGCGUCGGCGAAUAGCCAGGACGCACACGCUCAAGAUGGGUCACGCAAAACAGCCCCAACGAACAGACCGUCGCCAACCCCUAAGGGAACCUCACGGGGCAGUUCAGGAGAAAUCCCGAAUGCGAAAGUGCUUGGAAAGCGACCAGAAGCCUUGACCUCGGGGAGCAAGGCCCCAGCACAGAAGAACAUUCAUUCGGGCAAUUACGAUGGGUCAACAGGAGUGCAAACAUCACCACCACGAUCGGUACCGCAGUCCACGCAACCUGCCACGAGCUCUGUCAACUCAGCAGACACGGCCGAACCAAGCCGGAGGAGGAGCGCGCAGGAAGUUAGUUCGCGGGCACACAAAGAACAGGGUGACACGACCAGCUCCAGUACUGCACCAAAGAUGGCUCGAUCGAGGUCAAACAACGAGUCGAAGCGCAUGAGUUCUGGCGGCCUCAAAUCCUCGAGCGUUGUGGGACUGUCAAAUAUUGCGGUUGCCGGGGGCUUCGACUUUGAGACCCCCAAGGCGCGCCCUUCCGACGAUGACUUCCCGCCCCUUGCGGCGGGCCAGCCUGACAUUCGAGCAGCAUCUGCCCUCGACUCGCGAUUGACACCGACGCAGCCGAGUCCGAACCCCCCACCGCCGCUGGGCCGAUCCAAGUCGCAGUUGACACUUGUGCUGGAGCGCGAAAGAGCAAGGGUAGGCGAUGGCACCCAAAAGAACAAGAGAUAG